AAGCACUCUCAGAACUCACUGAGAUCUCGCUCUCUCUCUACAGUCUCCGACCAUGAAACGGCCGUCGUACUCGUCGUCGUCCAACAGCCAGCGAAAAUGCGCUCCAGCUCCGCCGCCUGCCACGGCGGUCCCGGGGAGGACGAAGAACCAGACCGGUCGGAGCCCUCUGCGGUACCUCAACGGCGUCGUCUGCCACAGCGGAAGCAGCAACGCCUCCUCCUCCUCUUGCUCUUCUUCUUCCACCACCUCCAUCGAAGCUCCGAGGGGUUGUCUCAGGUUCUUUCUCUCUCACUCCACUUCCACUAAGAAUGGUCCCAAUAGAACUUGCGCCUCGACUAGGACGCCCAAAUCGGCCCCUGCAAAGCCGUCGAAAUUCGAUCUCCAGCGGAAUCGCGCUGCGAAGAUGGCCAACUCGGAGGUAUCUAGAGUAGUCAAACAGAAGAAGCUCAAGAGGAGCCCUCCUUGUCUUUACCAGUGGCAAUCUGCUAAAAUAUCCGCUUCUAGGACUGGCAAGAAAUGCAGUACUUCUUCUGAAGCUGAUGGCAAUGUAGCUGGUGAGUUUCCAUCCGGUUCCGAGGCAGUGAAGCAGGAAGGGAUUGAGCUUGAUUCAGCUGGAAAUGGUCAUGCUACUGCUACUCCAAUUAGCAAGAGAUCUGGUGGAGUAGAGACAGGAUGUGCAAGUGAUAAAAAUGCAGAGGAGAACCAUAGUAGUGGCAAAAUCAAGACUCCUCCUAUCCAGGCUUCCGUGUCUCCAGAGAUACAAUGCGGGUCAGGUUUGAUGAAAUAUUCUGGAACAAUCACGUCAACAGGAGCAACCGCCGACACACAUCCUUGUUUUGGUGCUGGCUAUGUUGUUUCAGGAGUCGCCGACAGAAGAAAAUGCAGGCCUAGGGGGAUUCUUAGCGUCAGAGAGAAUGAGUUGGAGUCUAGCAUUAGUUGUAGUUACGGCAAAGAUGAUGAUGAAGAUUUUAGUGGAGUUGCUGACAAACCUAGGAUCUCGCCGGUACCUUUACCUUGCGAAGCUUCUGUGCAUUGGUUGUUGUCUCCAUGUAAUGAGGAGGACGAGGAGCAGAAAGAUUAUUCAGAUAAUGAAUCAUGCCCAUUUGAGAGGUUCGAAGAGGAAGGGUCUGUUCUCUGUUCUCUUACUUCACCUUCGUCUGGUCCUGUGUUUUCUUCAGAUGCUGGUAAUAAGAGUAAUAUGACUGGUACGACGACAGGUACGGAGAGUGAUAGUAGGGAAAGGAAUCUUGAGGCAACUUCUUUAAGAGGACUCCUUGAAUUUGAUGGAUUCUUCCAACCUUCGCAGUGUAAUGGUGAUGUUUGCUCUCCAACAGAGAUGACCCCUAUUUGGAAGGAUUUUUCUUCAAAGGAAGAAAGGAAAUUGAGUUACAACGUUGAUCGACCGGAUGACGCAUUAACUGUAGACUCAUUGGGCAGUGGAAAUGUUAUUCAAACCCCAAACUCAGAAUCAAGUCCGGACGGAUAUUUCCGCCUGUUGUGGGCUAAUGCUUCACAUGGGAGGAAGGAUCAAACAGAUUCUGAGAUAGAUCUACUGACUCAACCUUUUAGUAAUGCCACUUUAUCUCCAGACUACUCUAGGUCUACAUGGGAUCCAACAAACCUAAAUUUCCGGUUGGAUUGUCGGGCGAUGCCAUCCAACUCCAUUGAUUUGGCACAAGUUCAAAAUGUUCUUGAUAGCAAAGUAUAUUUGGCUUCCCAUUCCAGCGUAGACAAUUUAUCACAAUCCAAUUCGAGGAUAUCUUGGAGAGAUGGACUAGUUACUAGGAUCUUUGAGAUGGAUGAGUAUGAUUUUUGCAAAUGCAUGUCCGAUGAUGAGGAUGCCUCUGGCAGCCAUAUUGAUCUAGAGUUGCAUAGAAGUCCCGCACAUGGUGUAAAUAUUCAGAAUUCCGCUUCUGAAAAUGUUAACGAUAACAAUACCUUGGGCUCAGAUCAGUUUGUGGAUGAGAAGAAAGAAACUGGUGAGAAAGUCGAAGGCAUGCAUUCCCCUCAAAAACGAUCUGAAUUAGCUGAGUCCAUAAGCUUUGAUGGAGGUGGCCUUCUUGCUUCAACUUCAAGUGAUUUAGACUGGAAUCUAUGCUACAAGAACGGCUUAUUCAAGUAGAAGCAUCAGGUUCAUUCAUCUAGUCUCGACCAAGGUCAAGGACUUGAAAUCUAACAUAAGGGAGGUUUCCUUCCAUGCAACCUAACGAUUACCACUUGAAGAGCACUGAUAAUCCAAUAUUGUUGCUAUGUGACUCAACUCCUUACCACCAUCAUGCAUAAUGAGAUGCUGCCUGAUGUUAGCAAAAUGAUAUUUCUUCCAGAAUCUCUCUUGGUGAAGGUGACUGGAUUUAGCCCUAUGGAAUUUGGUAUCUGAACUCGUCUCCUCUUUUUAACUUGUUAUGUUUGCAAACCGAUUGUGCUGGUAGAUGUGUUUCCUUCUCUAUUACACGGAUUCAACUAUUUAAGUUGGUAGUGAAAUUAUGCAGUACCUGAUAGAUAGAAGUUUUUUAAGAUGCUGAGUUUGAAAACUUGAAUAGGUUAAUGUUG